AUGGGAGUGUUGAGUUUAUUUGUACAAGAACAACGAGAACCCAGGUUGAAUCUCUUCCUUCAUUCUCAUCAUGAAUUAUCACAAAAUCAAGCCAUCACCAUAUCAGAUCACUUUGCUAAACAAAUCGCGACCAACACAUCAGCAAGAGGAGAAGUUUUCAUUGCCAAAAAAUUUAGAGCUGUUUUCAUCUUGCUCAACGAAGUAUAUGUCGUCACUGUUUGUCAUAAAUCCGAUUAUCCCUAUGAUGCUCUAAGAUGUGCCAAUAAUGCUAAAUUACUGAUGUUUGAAGCCUGUAAAGGUGUGGAGGUGACAGUUGUGAACUUGUACAAAAAGUUUGGACAAAUUAUGCUUGCUCUUGAAGAGUUAAUUAAUGAAACAAACACUUUUAAACCACCAUCAACAAGUAUAGAAAUGGUUGGAAAAACAAAAUUGGGAGAGGCUCAUCAUGUGUCUUCUCAGCAUAAUGGAUCAACAUCCCAAGCGAAAGCAAACUCAGUUAGUACAGCAGUAUCACCUGUUGAUGCUUCACAAAAGAAAGCUAGAAGAGGAACAAUUCGUCAAAUGGAAAAGCUCAUUUCUUAUACAGCUGAUGAAAUGUGGAAAGAAAAACAAAAGCAAAUGGAGGUUCAUCAAAAAAGAUUUCAAAUUUUGGACAAAUUCAAGUCACCAAUUCUAACAGCACAUAACAUUCACAACGGAGAACAAAAUGGCGAGAAUCACGAAGCUGAACAAGCAAAUAUUCUUCCAGAUCCUUCAGAUAUUGUUAAUUUUCAAUUUGGUUACGAUUUUACCGCCCCUGAUGAAGAAGAUGCAUUACCAAGCUUUAAUCAUAGAAGAGCCAAGUCUACCAAUUCAUCAGGGUCUGAGACUAAUGGUAUAUCUAGCUUUAGAAAACGUCAAAUGGAGCACAUCACCAUGGGACAACAAGUAUUUCCACUUAGCGACGAAGAAUGGCAUUCACUCCAAGCCCCAACUCUUCCUGAUAACUUAAAGCCAAUAUUUAUACCGCCAGCAAACAAUAUGGCAACGAAAUUGCCUCCUCUUCCACCUUCUCUCAUUCCCUUACAACCUCAACCUCUUCGUCCUCAACCUGCAAAAACCACUACUGCAUUCGAUCGUGGUGAUAGCAAACUCAUUAGUUUCGAACCCUUUGAUUUGCAUGGAAGUAGUGCAAGCAGCAGAGUCGAAGGAGAUGAUACCGAAGUUGACAUGUCAGACGAAGAUGUCACAUUUAGAUCUGACAAGAUGACAGAUAGCACAACUGCCGACUCUGUUUAUGACUAUAACCCUCCAAAAUUCAACACCCAUGGCUCUUCGAGCAAUUUAUUCCCAACACAGCCAUUACAACCGUUGCAGCCAAUGCAACCGUUACAGCCAUUGCAGCCAUUACAACCAACAAAACUCUCUCAGCCAACCAACAACAACACUUUAUCAAGCAGCUUUUUGGAUGAUGUUUUUGGACCUAUGACUUCCACAAAUACGGUGAAUACUGCACCAUCUCAAAAUGGUACAUCACUGCUGUUGGACAAUAUUUUGAAACCAACCAAUGCAACUGGCACUAAUAAUACUUUUGUCCCUCCACCACCAUCCAAUGUUCUCAACGUCAAUGGAGGUGUAAAUGUGCCUCCAGUGCCUAAUGUCACAUCAACUCCAACCAAUAAUCAACCAAUUCGAAAACAAGUGGACAACAAGGCUAACAGUAAUGCUGUCAACACGGAUAACAAAGAAAGUAAUUUAUUGCAAGAUAUUCAAAACAAGCAACUUAAUCCAGUUCCCAAAAUGCCAGUGUUUGAUUCAAAUGAACUCAAGAAGAGUAUUGAACAAUCUCAACAAAAAAGAGCUGCUGUUCUUCCUUUCAAGGUGGUUGUCACUGAGACUGUAGUGAAGAAUAUGUGUGGUCUGACAGAGGAAGAAUAUAAUUUCUUGGGACAAAUUGAGCUCAUAUUAUUCAAUCAUGAAAGCUAUCGAGAAAACGAUAGUUAUAAUUUUGUGCUUUCUCUCGUGAAUGAUCAAUUCAACAACUCUGAAAAUUUAACAAAAAUUGCCAAAAUAGUUUGCAAUCCAAAACUUGCUAAAGAAGUAACAGAGACAGAGAAUGUAACAAAGCACGCCUUUGAGUGCAAUAUUACAGGACAAGAAAUUAAUCCCAAAACACAAAGUGCAAUAUUGCUCAAGUACAAACUCAAGGACCAUCUUAAUCUGGUACCAUUUAAACUCAGACCGCUGUAUUAUCUUGCCACGAAAGAUAAUCAAACCAUGCUAACAAUUACUAUUGACUACAUUGUUAACCCAAUCACACCACUUGACAAACUCUCCUUCCUCAUUCGUGUUGCACCAGCUCUAGAACAAAUAACACUCAAAUCUCAAUCAAAGCCAGAAGGCCGUUGGAACGCUACUAGACAAGAGCUACUCGUAAAUGUAGAUCAAGCAGGACCAAAAGGUUCUGUCACUGCAAAAUUCCUGCUCAACAAAACUGUCACAGAUAUUGGAGAAUUGCAAACAGAAUUCCUGUGUAAAUUCAAUGCAAAGGGCUUACUUGGAGGUUUUACUGUGGAAGGAGGUGAAAGCAAACGAAGCAUUCACAACACUGUCUUUCUUGGAGGUUCUGAAUACAAUAUUACAACACCAUCAUGGAAAUAUAAGCUUACUUCAGAGAAUUUAAACCCUCAAUUUGCCAAUAACAAAUAA